AUCGCAUACCUGCUGGUGUUUACCAACUCAGCUGUUCCGGCUUAUUUGUUGGCCAACGAUCUAACCACGGAUAGAGCUAAAAUAAUAUUCCCGAGUCCGUGAGUCGUCCCAUGCUCCUCUAGGAUGAACGUGACCGACGAGGGAGUGUCUGGACUGCUGUACGCCGGAUUCAACCAGGACCAAGGUUGUUUCGCGUGCGGCAUGCGCAGCGGUUUCAGGGUCUUCAACUGCGACCCUUUGAAGGAGAAAGAGAGACAAGACUUCGCGGACGGUGGCCUCGGACAUGUGGAGAUGCUGUUCCGGUGCAACUACGUGGCCCUCGUGGGCGGCGGACCUCAGCCAAAGUACCCUCCCAACAGGGUGGUAAUUUGGGACGAUCUUAAGAAGGAGGCCGCCAUCUCUCUCGACUUCAGCGCGCCCGUUAAGACCGUCCGCUUGCGACGAGAUCGAAUCGUGGUGGUCCUCGAAGGCGUCAUCAAAGUCUACACAUUCACCCAGAACCCGCAGCAAGUGCACGUGUUUGAAACGAGUCCGAAUCCUAAAGGGCUGUGCGUCCUGUGCCCCAACUCCACCAAUUCUAUCCUUGCUUUCCCUGGACGAAAGACGGGCUACGUUCAACUGGUCGACCUUGCCAACACGGACAGUCCGCCUGUGGACAUUUUGGCACACAUGUCGCCUCUCAGCUGCAUUGCCCUAAACCUACAGGGCACCAGGCUUGCCACCGCCUCUGAAAAGGGGACUCUGAUCAGAAUUUUUGACACAGCCACUGGUACAAAGAUAAAUGAAGUACGGAGAGGGUCCAACGCAGCUACCAUUUACUGUAUAAAUUUCAGCAAUGAUUCGAAUCAUAUCUGUGUAGCAAGUGACCGUGGAACAGUUCAUAUUUUCUCAGCCGAAGACCCCAAGAAAAAUAAAGAGUCAAGUUUGGCGUCGGCGACCUUUUUGCCCAGUUAUUUUGAGUCAAAAUGGAGUUUCAGUAAGUUUCAUUUGCCAAACCGAACGCAGUGCAUAUGCGCUUUUGGCUCCGAAGGAAACUCAGUCAUAGUGGUUUGCGCCGACGGCUCCUACUACAAGUUUGCUUUUACCCUCAAUGGCGAGUGCUCGCGCAUCGUGUCUUCUCAAUUCCUCGAGUGACCCAGCAACCGGAGCGCGCGCUCUUUGUAGUCGGCCAACGUCUCCUGGUCUUCACCUGCAAAACCAUGACUGAGUGUGAGAAUGAGCUCUAUAAACUUUUUUAUUGGAUUUUUUUGUGCCUGAUUUGGCUUGGACUAACUUAAAAAAGUUUUAAAAAACUUAUAAAAAGUUAGUAACACUUGUGAUUCGGGUAUUGUCGCAAAUUUCGUUGUUUUUCUUUUAAAUUGAGCAACUGAUUUAGUCUGACUGUUUUAUUUUUUGCUGGAGCAAAAUUGAAUCAAUGCGUACCUUGAAACUUGAUUUUGUUAAUAUUCUCAGUCCAAUUCAAAUUUAUAUGUGUUGAAACUUGUGAAGGAUAAUUAAUUAAACAUUUGAAUCUGGAGA